AUGUUGCAGAAGGCAGUACAGGUUCCGGAGAUCGUGAAGAUAGCAGUGCAGAUGCUUAUCUUGAUGGGCACCCACAUUACCCAUCAAUUUCAAGAAGGGUUUCGCGUCACCGUUGCCCCCCCAGAGAAGACGGCAUCCAAGCUGGACGACACUCUCUUCAUCGGGAGGGGGAACGGGGAAACUUCAAUGGUCGUAUCGCCUGAGGAGCCUGCAAAUGGUUCUAUGACUGAUUUCUGUCUUGGAGAUCUUCAAGCCCUUACACCAGACAUGAUUUUACACGAACCGGAAUACUGGAAUAGGUAUGAGAUCGAAAUUGGCGAGGAAGGUGAAGGAAGUCGGAUACAAGUAUGCCCGAAUGAUGGAAUUGAACAAGCAAGAAUAACAAGACGGUUGGGCGAAGCAGGAGAAGAAAAAGAAUCGCCCAAUAACGAGGAGUUGGAAGGUUUUAACACGCAAAUGAAUGGUUCACAUUCUCCUUUGAGCGAAAUCCUGAGGCAGUGGAAUACGCGGUCUACAGUUGGCGAUGUUCUUCGUGAUUUCCACAUAAUAAUUGCCUAUGUUCUUGAGGGAAUGCAGAGGUACGAGGCAGGAAUGGCACCGUGGCCAGGCGUAUCUCCAAACUUUGACCAAAAUACAAGAGAUCUCUGCCAAGAAGAUAUUGAAGGAAACAUAUCAAUUACCAGUGCAUCACGUCGUGUUCUUUCUCUUCUUGAGAGCACAGGUAUCCCCGGGGCAUCCAGAUCUGAGAAUCCAGCACUUGGGAGCGUUACUCGGAGAAUCUCGAAGAUUCCUCGACUCGUGAAGAAAGAUCUUAAAGUCGAAGCCCCAGCCGAUAAAAUGAUGAUGGCGUCCGAGGAUGCCACGUUUGACGAUUGGGAGAUAGUUGACCAGGCUGCAUCCCACCAAGACUCUCAACCCACCUCGAGAGUUAUCGAGGCCGAAAAGACCAAAUCACCUAGAAAGGUUGCGUCUUUAACUAUUCCAGGGCAAAGGGAAAGUGUACCCGCAAAGGAAAUUUGGAUCUCGAAGAUUCUAGGAGAAAAUAGAGGGGCAAGCUCGUCUUGCAGUCCUGAAAAAAUGGAGGAUUCCAGUUCACGAACAAUUGAACCUGGGCACGUUGCGUCAAAAAUCCCGAUUCUUUUGUCGAGGCCUGGCGGGGGGCACUCAUUAAAUCCGAAUGUUGAGAAGAUGGGACGUUCUCCUGUGCACAAGGGUGUGGAAAAUUCGCCGCUAAGUAGCCAGAGGGGAAGACUCAUGGCCGGAGAAAUGCAAGUGCCGUUAGACUUGCAUUUCAUGAGGGGCAGAAAACCUACCCGAGACUGUAGUCCGUUGGCAAAAAAUUCCAUCUUUAGAAUUACUAGUCCAAAAAAAGACAACACCGUUAGUGACUUUGAGAAGGAUGAGACAGACGAUGAGCUUAAUGAAAAGAAGAAGAGGAGCCGUUUCACUUGA